CCCGCGCGCGGUGACUCGGAGCCAGGGUUGGAGUAGGACCUCCCGUGCGCUCCCAGUCCCCGACUUUCUUGCUCCGGUGCGCUCGGGCCGGCGGGCCACGCCCCACAGAUUCUGAAUGGGCACUGACCCGGCUCCGGGAGGGCGAGGCGCCGCGGCACCGGCCAUGGGCAACUUCCAGAUGGAAGACUUUGCGGCGGGCUGGAUCGGAGGUGCAGCCAGUGUCAUCGUUGGCCACCCUCUGGACACAGUCAAGACUCGCCUGCAGGCCGGCAUCGGCUAUGGGAACACCCUCAGCUGCAUCCGCACCGUGUACAGGAGGGAGAGUGUGUUUGGCUUCUUCAAGGGCAUGUCUUUCCCCCUCGCCAGCAUCGCCGUCUACAACUCAGUGGUGUUUGGGGUCUUCAGUAACACGCAGAGGUUCCUCAGCUGGCAGCACUGCAGGGAGCCUGGGGCCAGCCCGUCCCGCACCCUGUCUGACCUGCUGCUGGCCAGCAUGGUGGCCGGCGUGGUGUCUGUUGGGCUGGGUGCGCCCGUGGACCUCAUCAAGAUCCGGCUGCAGAUGCAAACACAGCCAUUUCAGGAAGGCAACCUCAGUCUGAAGCCCAGGGCGGUGGCUCUUGGAGAGCAGCCAGCCUACCAGGGGCCUGUGCAUUGCAUCACAACCAUCGUGCGAACUGAGGGCCUGGCGGGGCUGUACCGGGGUGCCAGUGCCAUGCUGCUGAGGGACGUCCCAGGCUAUUGCCUCUACUUCAUCCCCUAUGUGUUGCUGAGUGAAUGGAUCACCCCUGAGGCCUGUGCAGCCCCCAGCCCCUGUGCCGUGUGGCUGGCAGGGGGCAUGGCAGGAGCAAUUUCUUGGGGGACAGCGACUCCUAUGGAUGUUGUGAAAAGUCGACUCCAAGCUGACGGGGUUUAUUUAAACAAAUACAAAGGUGUCCUGGACUGUAUCGCCCAGAGUUACCAGAAGGAAGGUCUUAAAGUGUUUUUCAGAGGCAUCACCGUGAACGCUGUGCGGGGCUUCCCCAUGAGCGCGGCCAUGUUCCUUGGGUACGAGCUCUCGCUGCAGGCAAUCCGCGGGGACCACGUGGUGACCGGCCCCUGAGCACCAGGGCCAUUGUCACCUGACCAGGGCUGGUGCCACCUGACCAGGGCUCAUGCUGCUGCACGUUGCUGCAGACAGCGGCAUCUCCAGAACCCGCAGCAGCAAAUUUACUGAAAAGCAAGAAGGCCUCCCGCCACACGGCUCCAUGCCAGGUGGGCCCUCACCGUCCGCACUGACCUUGAAACCCGUUCUUUCCCAACUGCGAGCCCUUUGUUCCUCGCCGCCGGCUGGGGUCGGUGAGCUGCUGCCUCAGAAGGACCAUCGAUCGGUCACUGUCUGUUUCAGAUCCACUCUGGCGCCUGGUGGAAAGCAGGGCAAAACAGACCCUGCCCCCAUGGCUGCUGUCAACUCCUGGGAAUUCACGGAAGACCUGGCGUUGUCCCUAAGUUUCCAAAUAAAAGCUCUGAAAACCUCUCCA